AUAUUUUGAUUCGAGUUGUAGCAAUGAAUCUAAAAACAGUGUUUCCCCAGAUUCAGUUCUGAGAGGUACCAAGGUUCUUUGCCCAAAGUCACUUCCUCCGACCAUUUUCCCUUUCACCCUUAGCACCCCAACUUGCCCUUUUCGCAUUUCUUAUCCUAAGGCUUAGGGUGUGUGUGUGUGUAUUCCAAGGCUUCUUCUUCUUCCCUCUUAACCACUUUCUCUUAUUCUAAUUGAAUCACCGUCUUCAUCUUACGAUCAAAAUGCUUUCUGUCAGGGAUUUUUGGAGGCGCCAUAGGAGGAAGCUUUAUCUUACAGCUGGUGUUUUUGGUGGUGGCUAUUUUUUGUAUAAGCUUUAUGAUACUCACAGGCAAAGGCUCCAUGCACUUGAGAGGGAACUCCAACUUCAGAGGGAAAGUGAGGAGCUUAUCAAGGCUCAGAUACAAGCUCACUUUGAGAAUAUUCAGAGAAUUUCUGAUACCAUUACAUUGCCUCAUGCUAUGCACAACUUGAGUUGCCGGAUAGCACAAGAGUUGGAUCUUUCUCACCUUCUCGAGAGGCUAAUACAAGGAAAGGGUCAGCCAACCACCUUAACACAAUCAGAGAAACUAGAUUUAUGGGGAAAACUCAAAAUUUUAAGUUUUACACGAAUGGCAUUGUCAAUAUGGGCAACAAUACUGCUUAGCUUAUAUACAAAAGUUCAAGUCAAUAUACUAGGAAGGCAUCUAUACAUUGAUACUGCACGGAACCUUGGAAUAUCUAAUUCAAUGGAAAGCGGAGAUGUGGUUGAUAGGGAGGACCAGCAGAAAUUUCUAGGAACUGCUGAUUUUCUCUCUCAACAUGGUAUGCCUGCCUUGAUUUCUGACAUGGAGGCAGCAACGAAAGAAGUUAUCAAAGGAAAGCAAUUGAGCAGUUUAUUCAACAACACAACACUUCAUGAAACUAUCAUGCAGAUUCUCGACACCUUCAUGAGUAUGGGGAGUCCACAUUCCUGGAUAAAGUAUAUGAUGCCUGAGGAUGUUAGAUCACACUCUAUUACCGCUGGCAAUGAUGAAACAGUUCCAUAUGAUGUGACUGAAUUUGAACAACUUAUGGUGGAAGUGCGUGCAGUAUUGUCAAGCGCUGAAUUUGGGAGCAUUGUAGAGAUAGCUCUGAAAGUUGUGGUGGAUAAACUGGUGGAGCUCAUGGGGGCUAAAUUUGGAGGGAAUUUAACCACAGGCUUGCCGCUGGCCAGAGUAUUGCCUCAAGUUGCACAGAUGUGUCCUUUCCUCCUUGAAGAACCCAGCAAGAAUCAGUUCAUCCAAGUUAUUAAAAAUAUGCAAGAGGUUGAACUUUUUUUCACUCUCCUCUAUGCAAACAUGCCAAGUGCAUAGUGAAUUUGUGAUUGAUAUUUAUGCUUCAAGUGAAAGAAACCAAAAAGAUUAAAUUUAUUGUAUGGAAGACAUAAGGCAAAGUACAAAAUUUAAACGAGGUUCAAAGGAGAUGUAGGAGCCAAAAAGCUAGCCAUCAUCUCUUCACUAAGGCAUUUCCCUUUUGGUAUAAAUCAUAGCAUAGCGUGUUUGGUUAUGCGGUUGAGAGCCACAUAAAUCACUUUUAGAGAGUAGCUACAAAAUUUAGCUUAUGGAGUUAUUGUGUUUUGGAUUGUGUGUAAACCGUCAAUUCAAACACACAUUUAUAAUAUGUUUGGAACAACUUCUCUUUCCUCAUAAUUAAUUAUAUCACUCGUAAGUUACUCACAGAAGCUUCUCUGGAGAAUUGAUUUUGGCUUCAUAAAUUGUAGAAAGAUUUCGAUACAUGUACUUAUAGGAUGUUUGGAAAUUGGAACUCCUCCUAGAAUUGAUUCUACAACCAACAUCAAUUCUAGGGAGAGCUGUGAGUAGCUUAUGUGCCAUAAUUGAUUUUGAGAGAAAAUAAGCUUGUUCAAACAUGAUAUCAGUGUAGCAUGAUGCUCUCACAUGGUGCUUGGACUUUGGAGGAACAAGGUCUUUUACUCUUUUAGGACUUAUUGUCAGUACUGUACACUGAGAAAUGACUGUAUCAUCUCAUCUUAUUUCUUUUGUCCAUGCAGUGCUUUUCGGAUUGGCCAUUA